AUGUAUGGGACACCAUCCAAUAAUACUAAGCAUAUAUUUAAUAGUUCAGAAGAGGAGACUGUACUAGACUAUCGAACUAUUACAAUCAGCGAUUUUACUCAAAUAUUGCAAGGAAUAGAAGAAGUAGCUAAUAGUGCUUUCAUGUUGACAGAAGGAGUUAAACUAUCGUUCGAGAAAACACCACUCAAUAUGUUAACUACCGUUUUAAAUACACAUAUUGAAGUUAUAGAAGAAUUAUCAAAGAAGAUUAAAGUUUUUAAGAAAAGAAACCAAUUAUUAAUAGAAGAAUUAAAAGAGGAGAAGAAAGAAAAAGAACAAAAGGUUAAAGAAGAGACAAAACCUCAGAGGAGGAAAACAGAAUUAUUAUAA